AUAUUGAGUUAUCUAUCAGCUCUCUUUAGAUCACCAUAUCGUUUCCUGUUAAUAGUGGGUAAAGGUCACGCGUACAAAGACUAAUGAAUUUGGCUUAUCUCAAGGGAUGCCAAAUUGGUCCGAUUUAUUGGCACCUAACGUCGCUGUAGCCGCUAGGAAUAGCACAACUGUUUUAAAUUCAUGCAGUACAACAAUAUAUAAAUGGACCAUAACCCUAAGCGUGAUUCAUUUUAAGGUCGAUCAACUGUAAGUUACAGCGAAUUCCGCCAAAAUGAAUACAAACGUCUCUGCAGAUCGUCUGGAAAACAGUCAAAAUGCGAGCCGCAACGACACCUUUUUAGAAAAUCUUUGUGCCGAUGAUGAAGCUCCUGUAGGUCCAGAGCAAGUUACAAUAGUGAUACAUGUUCUCACUCUGCUGGUUGCCUUGCUUGGAAACACCUUCCUCAUCACUGCGUUUUUAAGCGCGAAGGAUUCUAUGAUGCUUCUUAUUGUCAACAUGGCUGCGUCUGACUUGUUAAUGGCAAUCUUUCUAAUUCCACGCGUGAUAACAAGAGAAAUCAUCAGGUCCAGCGCUUUUCUCGUUCAUGGAAGUGGAGGCGUAUUUCUGUGCAAGAUGUGUACUUUUCUUAGUGACAUGUCAUUGGCGGUAUCGACACAGACUCUGGUCGUAAUCUUCGUUGAGCGUCUCUUAGCGAUUGUUUAUCCCAUGCUCUAUAAGAAAAUCACGCUCAAUGUACGCUGGAGAGCAAUCAUUUCUACGUGGAUCACGUCUGCAGCAAUUCAUGCACCGUACUUUUACAUCAUGCGCCUAAUUCCGUUCCACUCCAACGGCAGCAAGAUCCAAUUGUGCAUUCCUACCUGGGAGCCAGCUUUUGAAGACGAAUCGGCGCACCUUCGCUACAAUAUUUUUUUAUUCACCACAGUACUGUUAAUACCACUAUUUACAAUCUCUGUUCUAUCGGCUAUUGUAGUAUGCGGCUCACGCAAGGAUAAACUGGCUGAAAGUCGUACCGAAAAGGGAAAAAGACGAAACCGAGAACGUAUCAAAAAAUUGCACCGAAUGGCCGCCGUUACUGUAACGGCACUUUUUAUAUGUUGGACUCCUUAUGUUGUUUUUUCUUUCCUUGACCUCUUUUCACUAAGACCGGUUCCCGAGUGUAGUAAGAUACAGAAAGUCAUGCGAUAUAUCUCGCGGAUAUUAGCCUCUUCAUAUUGUGCAGUUAAUCCAUGUAUUUGCCUAAUUUUCCUUCGAAAUUUUUCGCGUGAGCUUAGUAAAAUCUGUAAAAAGAACUUCUGUAAAUGAAGCGUUUAGAAAUCAAAGUGGAAGGAAAGAAUGAGUCAGAUGACAGUCUCGUG